AUGCUUGAACACCUCGUGGUCGACAUCGGGAAGGCGCUUUUCAUCCUCAUCCUGCCGCCCUUCCCACCACCACAGGCGCUUUUCAUCCUCAUCCUGCCGCCCUUCCCACCACCACAGGCGCUUUUCAUCCUCAUCCUGCCGCCCUUCCCACCACCACAGGCGCUUUUCAUCCUCAUCCUGCCGCCCUUCCCACCACCACAGGCGCUUUUCAUCCUCAUCCUGCCGCCCUUCCCACCACCACAGGCGCUUUUCAUCCUCAUCCUGCCGCCCUUCCCACCACCACAGGCGCUUUUCAUCCUCAUCCUGCCGCCCUUCCCACCACCACAGGCGCUUUUCAUCCUCAUCCUGCCGCCCUUCCCACCACCACAGGCGCUUUUCAUCCUCAUCCUGCUGCCCUUCCCACCACCACAGGCGCUUUUCAUCCUCAUCCUGCCGCCCUUCCCACCACCACAGGCGCUUUUCAUCCUCAUCCUGCCGCCCUUCCCACCACCACAGGCGCUUUUCAUCCUCAUCCUGCCGCCCUUCCCACCACCACAGGCGCUUUUCAUCCUCAUCCUGCCGCCCUUCCCACCACCACAGGCGCUUUUCAUCCUCAUCCUGCCGCCCUUCCCACCACCACAGGCGCUUUUCGUCCUCAUCCUGCUGCCGCUCAUCUCCUCUCUGGGGUACAGAGUCCCUCCUGCGCAGCUUCCAGGCUACUUCCGGGAAGGUGCCACGUGCCUUCUCAACUUCAACCAGGCCGUACCAGGCUGUCAGGGAGCCCCACUCCUCCCGCUGCUUUACGUGGCAGCGAACGUAGCGUUCAACGUCUCCCUCCUGGCUCUGCUCAAGAAGUCGUCUGCAGUGGCGGCAUCUCUCUCCAUGACCCUCGUGGUGCCCUUGACAGUGCUCGCUCGCAUUCACCUUCCCCCUGCCCUUGCGAGGCCCGCCCCAGCCUCUGAGGGGGGGCGUUGUGUUCUCGCCUUCACCUUCCCCCUGCCCCUGCGAGGCCCGCCCCAGCCCCUGAGGGGGGGCGUUGUGGUCGGAACCCUCGUGCUGCUGCUGGGGCUGGCUGCUUACAGCCUUGCCAAUCCUGGAAGCACAGGCGGGGGAGGGGGAGGGGGAGUGAAGUUGGCAGGAGGCGGGAAGGAAGAAUAG